AUAGUGUUAAGACAAUGUAUGUGGUCGCCGCGAUCCUGCGGCGCCGCGGAGAGUUGACUAUGAGACUUUGAUCGUCGGUGGUGGAAUGUGGCUGUGAAGGAGGUGCAAGAUGGCGGCAGUCGCCGGCCUGUACGGACUGGGGGACGACCAGCGGGGAAGGCACCGGCGCGGCCAGGCCAACGCUGAGCGCUCCGAGUCCAGGGAUGACAACACAGAGGCGUCGCUGCCGAAAUUAGGCAGUCAAGAAGAAGAACAGGUCCGGCCGCCUCCGGGUGGUGUAGUGACAUUUGAACCGAUUCAACAUGACCACGACUUCUGCGAGAGAGUCGUGAUCAAUAUAAGCGGACUCAGAUUUGAAACACAACUACGGACACUCAACCAAUUUCCCGAAACACUAUUAGGGGACCCUGCAAGACGGAUCAGAUACUUUGAUCCCAUAAGGAACGAGUAUUUUUUCGACCGGAACAGACCGUCUUUCGACGCCAUCCUGUAUUACUACCAGAGCGGCGGGCGCCUGCGCCGCCCGGUCAACGUACCACUGGACGUAUUCUCGGAAGAGAUCAAGUUCUACGAGCUAGGAGAACAGGCCACUAACAAAUUCCGUGAGGAUGAGGGAUUCAUAAAGGAGGAAGAGAAACCCCUGCCCUCCAACGAGAGGCAACGCAAAGUUUGGCUGCUGUUCGAAUACCCAGAAAGCUCCCAAGCCGCCCGAGUUGUCGCCAUCAUCUCGGUCUUCGUCAUUCUGCUGUCCAUCGUUAUUUUCUGUCUUGAAACCCUUCCGGAAUUCAAACACUAUAAGGUGUUCAAUACCACGACCAACGGUACUAAAAUCGAAGAGGACGAAGUUCCCGAUAUCACUGACCCGUUCUUCUUGAUAGAGACGCUUUGUAUUAUUUGGUUUACAUUCGAAUUGAUAGUUCGGUUUCUGGCCUGUCCAAACAAGUUUAAUUUCUUUAGAGAUGUGAUGAAUAUAAUAGACAUAAUUGCUAUAAUACCAUAUUUCAUCACGUUGGCCACCGUUGUCGCGGAAGAAGAAGAUACGCUGAACCUCCCGAGAGCUCCAGUUUCGCCUCAAGACAAAUCAACAAAUCAAGCCAUGAGUCUCGCUAUACUCCGUGUGAUCCGACUCGUGCGGGUGUUCCGUAUAUUCAAGCUAUCCCGUCAUUCAAAAGGACUGCAGAUAUUGGGACGAACUUUGAAGGCGUCUAUGAGAGAACUUGGUUUGCUAAUAUUCUUCCUCUUUAUUGGUGUGGUGCUGUUUUCAUCUGCGGUGUACUUCGCGGAAGCCGGAAGUGAGAACAGCUUCUUCAAAUCCAUACCUGAUGCGUUUUGGUGGGCGGUCGUGACAAUGACGACCGUAGGAUACGGCGACAUGACGCCUGUUGGAGUGUGGGGUAAGAUCGUGGGGUCGCUGUGUGCCAUUGCUGGUGUGCUCACCAUCGCGCUGCCCGUCCCCGUCAUCGUAUCCAACUUCAACUACUUCUACCAUCGCGAGACAGACCAGGAGGAGAUGCAGUCGCAGAAUUUCAACCACGUUACCAGUUGCCCCUAUCUGCCCGGGACUAUUGGUGAACCCUAUUUAAUUUCAGGCCCGAUCAAAAAGUCGUCUGUCAGCGAUGACUCGUCCUCUGAGAUGAUGGAACUGGAAGACUCUGUUCUCGUGGCGGAUCCACAGCUUGAGAGCAGUAUGCGGCGCCUUCGUGAAGAAGAACGCCUCAUUCUGGAGCAACAGGCCGCCAUGGAGGCCGCCGGUACGACGGAUGACAUCGCAAAACUCGAGCAACUGGACUUGCUACGUCAUAAUCAACUACGACAAAUAGAACUGCUGAAGCGACAAGCCAAGCUGGCCAAGCGUGCUACCCCGCAAGAGGAGCCCGAGGUCCGUCGGCGCCACACCGCCGGCCGCGCUGCCCUGCACGAAGGCGCGCACGGAUCUUGCCCGGGAGCCACCCAUGGCGCCAUCUGCGGGUACGGCACCGCGUAUAUGAUCGGCCACGGGUCCUCGCACGCAUUCACCGCGGCGCACGUGGCUAGCCACGGCUCUGCGCACGGCUCUGGCUACGACUCCGACGAUGUAGCCGUUUGCGGGCCCACAUGCAGUGCUGGCCUCGGAGGCGCCCGGUGCACCGUGCGAGUCAAUCGCCUGCACGCAGCCGCCGCCACGGCAUUCGAGACGGACGUCUGACCAACGAUAGAUAUAGACAUACAUCACGAUGCUGGACGAUUUUAAGUGUAAGGCGAGCCGGGAAGAGGACGCGCACACUGUGUGGCGCGGCCGACUGCCUGCACGCUCGCCGCCCGCGUGCCAUGUGUGAGCGCUCGUUCCCCGCACGCCUUACGCCCGCGAACACCAACCAAGCCAUGCCCCAUCUACAGGAGUGCCCCUAGUUCACCCGCAACUCGUUCCCACCAGUUAUUAACUAUGCCCGGACAGAUCGCAAGCUGGAGGUGAAAUUGGCAUAUCUGUAGAUGAAAAAAACAGGUGUUAAUUAUUUAUGAACUAUUUAUAGGUGCUUACGUUUCGAACUAUACUUUAGUUAAACGGUUAAAAUCCUAGCAAUCGAGUUUUUAAAUAAAUCUUUGAAUACGCUUGUACCUACUAGAUAUGAGUGCGAUAUGCUUUGGCCAUCAUUGUAAAUAAAUCCAGAAGGCUUACCUACCGCUUAGUACACUUUAUACAAUUAGAUACACGUGUUAAAUUAGGAACGAUAAUUCUGACAUGAGAGAUUUAAACAAAAUAGGCCUACGAUAAUUCAAUUCUGAGAAGCAACAUGUAACCGCUGCAUUUCGCGAUACGUGAACAGUGCUAUCCCUUGACGUGACUGCCUCAAAGAUAAGGCGCGGCGGCGAAGACGCAGUGAAGUGACGACGUUUGCUCCCGCGUAUCUAUAUUGUCCACCGAUGAAACACUACGACGUUACUAAAAAUUGUAUCCAUUUUUUUGUAACAGCGUAGUAAACCCGUUUGACUAUGCCAAACAUGACUGUUGGGAUCAAAUACAAGCGACUCGGAAAACAGUGAGUCGACUAAAUUGUUACUACAUAGCCGCACUCGACCAGUAGGUACGAUCAUAAUCUGAACAUUGCUCCGAAUCCAUGCCGGUGAGUUGUCCCGAUCUCUCGCAAUUCGAUCGGUCCCGACUCACAAAUCGGCUGUAUUCAAGGCAUCAUGCACCAGAUCGUGUCCAGGUUUUUGCCGCUCGGCCACAAUCGCUUCCGUGCUUAGUCUAAAUAUUUAAACGAUUCUGCAAUAGUGUUUAGAGUUGGUUUGAGGUCCGGUGUAACGCGGUCUUGUUGAUUAGAACGAUGUUGUGAAUCAAAUAUAUCAACCUCGGUCAAUUGGUCAGAAAAGUAGUCGUAAGUUAUUUAAGUUAUGGAGACUUAAUGCCAGUGUAUACACACUUAGACACGGCAGUGGCCGCAGUCCUCGUCCCCUAAGCUCAUCUUUACUAUGACAUUAAAAUAGUCACAAACACGUAGGUAUUAGUACAGCAAAAUUAUCUGACCGGUGGCAGAUUCGCUGUUAUCGCAAGCGAAACCAUUCACUUCCAAUUUCGGAAACCGGGCCAGAUAAUUUUCCUGUGCUCUAUCUGCGAUUAGUGAAUCGAAAGCUCUUUUAGAGAUUGUGUCGAAUUUUUAGUAACUGCAUUUCAGUGUCAUAGAAAUUCUGGGCCCAGUUCUUGAUACAGCCUCGGCCACAAUGCACGCGACCCUAAUUGGUUAUUUACUUGUAGCUAUUAACAUAACAUUAUAUCAUACGAUAAUAUUAAAAUGCUUUAUUCAUUAGGUAUACAAUGCGGGUGGGUUGUGAGCAAUGGAACGUUGGCGACAGAUCGGUAUCGAACUAGUAUAAUUUCGUCAAACAACCGUUUGGCGACCAAAUUUCUAGUCAUUAAUUUAACAAAAAGAUUGGGAUGUAUUAUUUAUUAGGUUCACUAACAUCCGAUAAUAAGCAGUAAGCUUAGUGGAUAAAAAUCACAUAAACUGAUCAAACCAUUCGUCAAGAGCCUGGUAUAAUUAGGCACAUUCUAGGACAACACAGACGGGAGCUAUUACACAUGAUAUUACUACCCA